AUGCUCUCAGCGCAGCUAGCCACGACACCGGUCGUGCAGCGAGACGCAUCGCCUGUAGUGCAGAGCGAGGGGGGGCAGAGUGAGCAGAGGGAGCAGAGGGAGCAGAAGGAGCAGGGUUCGAGGCUUGUAGGAGUGCAGGGGAUGCUGGGGUUGCAGGGUGCAAGGGGUGAAGGUCCGCAGGGGAUGCAGGGCGGGAAGGGGCUGCAAGGCUUGCAGGAUGCACGGUUUGCAGGGGCGCAGGGCGAGAAUGGCGCGCAGCAGGGGAUGCAGGGGAUACAGGGGAUUCAGGGGAUUCAGGGGGUUCAGGGGAUACAGGGCUUGCAGGGUGCAAGGGCUGAAGGGAUGAGAGUGGGUGGUUUGGAGGAUGGGAGGCCGACGGGCGGACGGGGCAGGGGUGGCAGGAGAAGCGCGCAGGUGGGAAUGGGAAGGGGGAGGAGAGGAGGGAGGGGGAGACGGGGAGGGGUGGUGGAAGGGACGAGUGGAGGGCUGGGAGGGGCUGAAGCUGCUGCCACAGGCAGUGGGGUGGGGGGUGGGUUGGGCGGUGGGAUGGUGUUGGGUGGUUUGGUGGGGAGUUGCAUGGGCAGUGGCGUGGGUGGUGGUAUGGGCAGUGGCAUGGGCAGUGGGGUGGGCAGUGGUGGUGGCGUGAUGCGAAUGGAGGGAAACGGUUCAGGGAAAAGAAGGGAAGGCGAUCAAGAGGAGAGGGGAGUGAAGAGGAAGGGCGUGGACUGUGAAGGUGGGAGUGGGGGUACUGGGGUUAUGGGCAGCACUGGUGGGGUUAUGGGCAGCACUGGUGGGGUUAUGGCUGCUGGAGGUGUGGGCAUGAGUGAGGGUGUGAGUGGUGCUGGGCAGGGAGAAGAGAGGGGAGAAGAGAAGGGGGAAGAGAAGGGGGAAGAGAAGGGUGAAGGGAAGGGAGAAGAGAAGGGGGAAGAGAAGGGUGAAGGGAAGGGAGAAGAGAAGGGGGAAGAGAAGGGUGAAGGGAAGGGAGAAGAGAAGGGGGAAGAGAAGGGUGAAGAGAAGCGUGACGACAAGGGUGAAGGGGAGCAGCAGGAGCAGUGCCAACAACAGUGGCACUCAUUUGUGGUUAUGGCGGAGGAGAAAUUCGACAAGGCGCAGCAGCUGUACAUCACGCAGUGGCUAGUGAAGUUUGACUGGCUGCUGCUUGAUAAAAACGAUGAAGGGUUGCCGAUAUUGCGAUGCAGCAUCUGUGUGGAGCACGGGAAAGACGACGCAAAGUUUGGGCGCAACGGCUCUGGGGGACGCGACCUGCAGCCUGGCUCCAUGCGUUGUCACGAGCUGAGCGUCCGCCACGAAGAGAGUAUGAAAAGGCAGCGGACGCUCAUGGCGGAGAUUGAGCAGCAGAAGCGGAUUGACGACUUCGCCAACGCCGACAAGGAGGGUGCGCGGCUCACUCGGCUCAUGCGGAGCGUGGAGUUCAUCUGCGACCACGAUGCUCCUAUCGCCAUGUUUCCGAGGCUCGUAAAUUUCAUGGCAGAAGAGGGUGUGACAGACAUCCCGCUGCAGUCUUACGGGAUUUACAUAACUCAGUAA